AUGUCGCAGGAAAGAGAGAAAGGCUCUCCUGCCGACAACACCCAACAACCCCUCUCCCAGCCCGCCCACAGUCUCUCGUUUGAAGAUACCAUUGCGGAACUUGGAACCAACUCUGAUGAUGGGCUGACUUCUGCGGAAGUCAAGCAGCGGCUGGAGAAGUAUGGCGAGAACAUGCUUGAGGGAGAUGAAGGUGUCUCCCUCGCUAAGAUCGUCAUCCGACAGAUAGCCAAUGCCAUGAUGCUGGUUUUGAUCAUUGCUAUGGCCGUCAGUUUCGGUAUCCAAUCGUGGAUCGAAGGUGGUUUCAUUGCUGCCGUCAUCGCACUGAACAUUGUGGUCGGAGUAUACCAAGACUAUGCGGCCGAGAAGACCAUGGAUUCUUUGCGGUCGCUUAGUUCUCCAACAGGUGUGGUCUCCCGUGAUGGAAAGACUGCGACCGUCGCAGCAAAUGAGAUCGUUCCCGGCGACAUGGUCGAAUUGAAAGUCGGAGAUACUGUCCCCGCUGAUGUCCGAUUGGUUGAAGCAUUCAACUUCGAAACCGACGAAGCCCUGUUGACAGGCGAAUCCUUGCCAGUCCAAAAGGAAGCCGAGAGCAUCUUCGACGUCGACACCGGUCCAGGAGACAGACUGAACAUUGCCUACAGCUCUUCCACCGUUACCCGAGGACGUGCCCGCGGUGUUGUGGUGGGAACUGGAAUGCGAACUGAAAUUGGAGCCAUCGCACAGGCCCUCCGUGGAACAGACUCCAAGCGUCGGCCCGUCAAGCGCGGACCCGAAGGCGAAACCAAGAAGCGAUGGUACGUCCAGGCUUGGACUUUGACAACUACCGAUGCCAUCGGCCGGUUCUUGGGUACCAAUGUUGGAACACCGCUGCAGCGUAAGCUGUCCAAACUCGCUCUUCUCCUGUUUGCCAUUGCGGUUAUCUUUGCAAUUGUUGUCGCAGGAUCCAACAACUGGCGCGGCGACAGUGAAGUCAUUAUUUAUGCGGUCGCCACUGGUUUGGCCAUGAUCCCAGCCUGUCUGGUUGUUGUUCUGACCAUCACGAUGGCUGUUGGAACGAAACAAAUGGUUCAACGAAACGUCAUCGUUCGCAAGCUCGACUCUUUGGAAGCCCUUGGUGCUGUCACCAACAUUUGUUCCGACAAGACUGGUACCCUCACGCAAGGCCGCAUGGUCGCUAAACGAGCAUGGAUUCCAUCACUGGGAACUUACUCAGUCGGCGCUUCCAAUGAACCCCUCAAUCCCCGUGACGGUGAUCUAAGCCUCGUACCCGAGCCUCCCAUUCAGGUGGGACAAGACAACCUCGGCGAAGUUGCCACGGCGGAGGAUCUCCUGAAAGACAACGAUACUCUCAAGGACUAUCUUGAUGUCGCCUCGAUGGCCAAUUUGGCUCACAUUCAUGAGACUGCCAACGACGGAUGGCAAGCUCGCGGUGAGCCGACCGAUAUCGCGAUCCAGGUCUUUGCAUCUCGAUUUGACUGGGGCCUGGACCGUUGGACCAAAGGUGAAAAGCCAACCUGGGCCCAGAAGGCGGAAUACCCCUUUGAUUCCAGUGUCAAGAAAAUGUCUGUCAUUUUUGCUAAGCGUCAGGAGAACUCGGAGAAGAAGCGCGAGAUGAUCUUCACAAAGGGCGCUGUCGAGCGCGUUUUGGAGGCUUGUACCACGAUCAAGUGGAAGCCAGAUGCCGAGCCAGUUCCCAUUGACGAUGAUAUUAAAGAUGAGAUUCUGAACAACAUGGAGGCUUUGGCCAAAGAAGGACUUCGAGUGCUCGCUCUUGCUGGUCGGGAAAAUACCUCACCCGCCAAAGAAGGCGGCGAUCCUUUGCCACGAGAGGAGGUUGAGAAGGACUUGUCGUUCUAUGGAUUGAUCGGUCUCUAUGAUCCCCCUCGGCCCGAGACAGCAGGUGCUAUUGCCCAAUGUUACAAGGCUGGUAUCUCCGUUCACAUGGUCACCGGUGACCACCCUGGAACUGCGCGUGCCAUCGCCGCGCAAGUUGGAAUUAUUCCCGCGAACAUGGACAUGAUCGCCAAGGACGUCGCUGACGCCAUGGUCAUGACAGCUUCUGAGUUUGACAAGUUGACCGAGGAUGAGAUCGACAGCCUGCCCACCCUCCCAUUGGUCAUCGCUCGCUGUGCACCAAACACCAAGGUUCGCAUGAUUGAUGCCCUGCAUCGCCGCGGUCGCUUUGUCGCCAUGACUGGUGACGGAGUCAACGAUUCUCCAUCACUCAAGCGUGCCGAUGUUGGUAUUGCCAUGGGUCAGAACGGCUCUGAUGUGGCCAAGGAUGCCUCCGAGCUGGUCCUGUCUGACGAUAACUUCGCAUCUAUCAUCAACGGUAUUGAAGAAGGUCGUCGCAUUUUCGACAAUAUCCAGAAGUUCGUUCUGCAUCUUCUUGCCGAGAACGUUGCUUUGGCCUUGACCCUGCUUAUUGGUCUUGCUUUCAAGGAUGACAGCAACCAAUCUGUCUUCCCAAUUGCUCCUGUUGAAAUCAUCUGGAUCAUCAUGAUUACCUCCGGUCUCCCUGACAUGGGACUCGGAAUGGAGAUCGCUGCCCCUGAGGUCAUGGACCGCCCACCCCAAAGCAAGCAAGGUAUUUUCACCUGGGAGAUCAUCAUCGACACCCUCGUGUAUGGUGUCUGGAUGGCUGCCCUGUGUUUGUCUGCAUUCGCCCUCGUAAUGUUCCGCUGGGGCGAUGGAAACCUUGCGACAGGCUGCAACACCCAAUACAACGACCCGACCAAGCCAUAUACUUGUGACACCGUGUUCCGCGCCCGCGCCACAACCUUCACCUGCAUGACCUGGUUCGCCCUCUUCCUCGCCUGGGAGAUGAUGAACCUGCGCCGCAGCUUCUUCCAGAUGCAACCCGACUCCAAGCGCCGAUUCACCCAGUGGAUGCACGACAUCUGGCGCAACAAGUUCCUCUUCUUCGGAAUCAUGACUGGCUUCGUGCUCGCCUUCCCCAUCCUCUACAUCCCAGUCAUCAACCACAGUGUGUUCAAGCACAGCAGCAUAUCAUGGGAAUGGGGUAUUGUCUUUGUCGAGACAGUGCUGUUCUUCCUUGGUAUUGAGAGCUGGAAGUGGUGCAAGCGUGUCUACUUCCGUCGCCAGGCGCGCAAGGAUGCGGCAAAGGGUGAGCAGCCCGGUGGUGAGCGUCGCGGACUGAGAGACUUCAGCCGCUACAACACUAUGGAUCGGUCUGAUACCCAGGCUAGCGACAUGAAGGUUGAGCAAUCCAUGGUCUAG